GAUGGGAAUCACUGCAAUGUAGUCGUAAAUCAAUACUGGAGACUGGAGGGUUGAAUAGCAAACGGUAGGUGGCAACUUUGUCAGAUAAAAAGCUAAAUUAAGAUGUCAAGCUGAAAGAAGCCGCCACAACUGGCAACUAUUUGCCAGGCUUCGUCGUGGUCGCUGUUCUCGUCUUUCACAUCCCCUUGCCGUUGCAACAGUGACGUUGGCCAGCUGUCGUCGAUGGUCUAGAGAUCACCGUGCUGUUACAGUUCAUAGUGGCAUUCGCACGAGUUCGUUUCAUUAUAUUUCGAGCCCCCUGGCUCAGUUACAGCUCGCUUCGCAUCCAAGUAGUGUUCCAACUGUUGCUACUAAUUGGCUAAGGCUAGCUGCAACGGUACGUUCAUGUUCUGUUGUUUGCUGUUCAUAAUUCGUUUGUUACUGUUUUGCGGUAGUUCGAGCAGCUCAUUCUUGCAUACGAAGGCAGGAGUUUGAUCGAUAACGCCGAGUGGUGUGUCACUGAUUCAUCUGUUGCCCCAACUGCAAUUCCAUAUAGUCCGGAGUAGUUAUGGCAGCUAAAGGAGGGCAUGGCUUCCAGUAUCUCAACAUCAUAACAGUGUUGUUAAGCUCACUACUGAUCUUCGACUCGGCCAAUGCCGAUUGGUAUGGUCUAAUCACAGCUCCAGUAUACUCGCCUCAGGCGGCACCGGAGACUAUCCCUCCUACAUGGGCACCAUACACGUCACCAGAAGCGCCCACUCCUUACGUUGCUCCUGCGAACAGUCCCUAUGAGGCGCCAGCUGGACCGGCGUACACCCCUGCACCUGAUGUCGGUGGCCCUGUGAGCAGCCCAUUCUAUGAGCCCGUCGAAUCACCAGCAGCUCCCGUCUACACUCCGGAGUUGGCGCCGACUUACCUGACCCCUGUCCCUACUCCUGCAUACGAGCCAAUUUACGCCCCUGUCCCCACUCCUGUCCCUGCACUUGUGCCAUCUCCCGAGCUUUCUCCCGCACCGGUUCCAUCCGUCUACGCCCCUGAACCCUCAGAUGUGCCGUCUUUUGCACCAGACGCCCCAGUCGACUCGCCCGCCGAAGCACUCACGGACUCCUCCGCGACCAUGAAAUUCUCCCGAACAUGGAGGCUUCUCGCAACGACGACGACCAGCAGCUUGAUUGCCACACUCAUCCUUUGAGAGUCCCAACUUCAUGAACCAUUAAUAACACAUUCAUUGAGCCGGAUGAUUUUACUCCCGUGAUUCAUAUAUCCGACGUGAGGACUCAGAAGACGACAGUGGGUUAGGAACGCUUCGCAGUAUUCAGAUCGAAACCUGAGAUGAGAUCGACAACUUAGUUUUGAACAAACGAGCAGGAUUCCAGCUCAUGUAACGAUUGAGGCAUCGUUUGCAGGGGCGCGAUUGCAGUGGCAAAGAGUGUAUAGGUGUUGUUAGUGUCGAUGUUGUAGUGUUUUAGCAUGUUAUCUGUGUACCUUUAUCCCAUAGAAAGAAAAGAAAAAAAAGACAAAAAAAUGAAUCAGAGCAGGCUAUUGUCGAUGACUCCCUGUGUAAAGGCAUUGUUUCCCACAAUAAUUUUAGCACUGAGGUCCUAGCGUUUGGGUGGUUCUCUUACUGUAGAUUUAUAAAAAAGACACGAAACACGAUAGAAUGUAGUCAGUCACAUAUAGAGUGCUAGAUUGAUAGUGGUAUUGAAAUGAUUGUUCUCAAUUUAUUUUUCUAUCUUAAUAUUUCUUUAUUUAGCAUAUUAAUAGUG